GUUGUUGUUGUAAUUGUCACCCAUCUCUGUCGCUCCCUCUCUCCCACACUCACUCCAUCCCCUCGACCUUCCUUCCCAGAUGUUCCGAGGGUGAUCUUCAACGCCCAUGUUUCUGAUCAGAGGGACCCCGAGUUACACAAACCCAUUCUCUACGACCAGGUUACAGUGAACCAAGGUUUGGGGUAUGACCCAGUGACCGGGACCUUCUCUGCCCCUGUGACCGGAGUAUACCAGUUCAACUACUCACUGCUGGGCAAGACCGACUCGGAGAACACAGCGAUGCACCUCGUGGUCAAUCAGAAACGGGUGAAUUACAUCCACAGCAUCCUGAAGGCAGAGCAAGCACAGACAGCGUCCAGGUCUGCCAUCCUCUCCCUCAACUCGGGAGACAAGGUCUGGGUCACCCUGGAGCAGGGUGGGGUCUGGACUGAACAGAGAGCCAUCAGUUUCCAGGGCCUGCUGCUCGCAGCUGCGUAGGAACGUCGGAAUACCGCCCCGAGCAGUCCAACAUCCGCCAACAUUCCCAAUCAUAUCCCACCCAGUCUAAUCCCACUCUCCCCCCUCACUCCCGCACACUUUAGUAUCCCACCCAGUCUAAUCCCAC